AUGACAUUCGCAGAGUUGUACACAUUGGGGUGCCAUACUCAAUGGACGAUUAUUGUCAAGAAGUGGGCAGAGCUGGAAGAGAUGGUCUACCUGCCGGGGCUGACAAAUAUUUCAACUCAUAGGACAUCUCCAAAUAAAGAACAAAUGACAGAUGUGAUGAGAAACUACGUUAAGUCAAAAGAAUGUAAAAGAAAAAUGAUUCGAAAUUAUUUUGAUCAUAAAGUUCCUUCCACCCAAGGACCAGCACAUAUGUGCUGUGAUUUUUUUGACGGUGCUCAGUGUGCUUGUGAUGACUGCCUAUUGGCAAGAACUGCAGAUGACAUGGACUGUGCAGAUACCAGGUGCCCUGAUCAACCAUGUGAUUCUUCAAGAGAUCAGUCAGAUAAUGAGCCAACUCCUUUGUUCAGUGAGAGUAUUCAAGCAGAAAUCAAGAAAGACCGUAUAAAUUACAGACUGAAAUUGCAAAGUGAAGUAGGCAGGAGUACAGUUGACAGUGUGGCCCUCUCAAGUGCAUUUUCUAUCACUCUUAUUGAUUUACUUCUGCAACACCUUCUCGAAUUGACAUCUGUUGAAAAAGGCGUGUCUAAAAUUAUCAUCGAUACUUCGUUUUUGUAG